CUCACAGUAAUCAAUCUGCAAAUACCUUUCCUCAAAAAAAAAAAAAAAUCUGCAAAUACCUUGAUUUGGUUUUUUCUCCCCAUCGCUUGAUCUAUGGCGCAAAUUUCUCUCUCCAUAUCAAUGCAAAUGCCCUAAUUUGGUAUCUAACGCUCUACCAUAGGAGCCUCCGAGGCAUGCCAGCUCUUCUCUGACGCCCUACCAUAUAUGCAGCCUCUCUUGCUCUCCCAUCGCCUCUCUCCCACUCCCAAAUCUAUAAUCCUAAGUCGUCGCCGCGAGCUUCGUCUCCUCCAGUCGCCGCCGCCGCCGCCGCCGGCUGCAGCUCACCAGGGAAUGCCCCAUUCUUUUCAACAUUAAGCUCAAACACGUUUGGUUCCAGAACCGCAGGAAGAUUGUUCCUUGCUCAACUUUUAUUUUUAGCAGCAUCAAGGGCAGCAUUGCCUAAUUCAACAUCCAUGUGCAGGAGAGCAGUAAGUGGCAAUCACUAAGCUAUAAUUGUAAAGUACCAUCAGCGUGGAAUAUUAUUUGAGUCCUGCUCACUUAACUUCGUACUUGGUAGAGAACACAGCAAUACCAGCUGUUAUUUUGUGCAUAUGAUUGAGUGGUUUUAUAGUUUGAAGCACAAAAAAGAUGGGCUUGAAAGUGAACCUGCUUCUUUUGGUGUUUCUCUCGGUUGUCAUAUUUGGUCAUAGUAUAACAGCUGAACAAGAAGAGCAAACUCUACAAAGAGUGAUAACUGCUCCUCGGAGGAAUGCAGAAGGUGGUGUUUUAUUAGCCUAUCAAUUCUAUAAAGCAAUACAUUUUUGAGAGCCCACAGCAAUUCUCUAUCCUACGUGGCGCUCUCAAAAGUCUCUAUUUCGAUUUAUCUAAAUUCUACCCUUUACGCCUUCGAAAAAACUCAGCUUCUCACAGUAAUCAAUCUGCAAAUACCUUGAUUUGGUAUUUUCUCCCCAUCGCUUGAUCUAUCUAGCAAAUUUCUCUCUCCAUAUCAAUGCAAAUGCCCUAAUUUGGUAUCUAACGCUCUACCAUAGGAGCCUCCGAGGCAUGCCAGCUCUUCUCUGACGCCCUACCAUAUAUGCGGCCUCUCUUGCUCUCCCAUCGCCUCUCUCCCACUCCCAAAUCUAUAAUCCUAAGUUGUCGCCGCGAGCUUCGUCUCCUCCAGUCGCCGCCGCCGCCGGCUGCAGCUCACCAGGGAAUGCCCCAUUCUUUUCAACAUUGAGCUCAAACACGUUUGGUUCCAGAACCGCAGGUAAAAUUCCGUAUUAUACCAUGCCUCCCAAGAGGAAUGCAGAUGAGCCUUCUGAGGCAAGGAUCGUCACUGAACUUGGGAAGGAAUUCAACAUAGAUGAAGUUUAUGGCAGCGAAUCAACUAUUAUAGGCAGUUUGAAAUCAGUGAAUGACUUCAAUCCAGUUGAAGUUCCUUCAAAUUCCCCUUUGAAUUUUGAUAUGGUGAUGCUUGAGGACAAAGAACCACCUCAGGGCAAUGAUGACGAUCAGCCCAUGGCAUCUGGAGAAGAAGAUGGAAAAGUUAAUGCAAAGGAGAAAUCUGCUACUGUCAAGCAAAAUGAAAAGUUGUAUGCUGAGGAGGGCAUGCUAAAUACAAAGAUGAGAAAAACAGAUGAGAAAAGGCGGAAAAAGAAAAAUCAGCCAUCUGCGAUGGAACAUGAUGGAAACGAUGAUUAUGACUUCAAGGUUGACUACACGAAGGACUCAGCCAUGGAAACUGGAGAUGAGGUUGAAGAUGAUGAAACUAAGAAGAAUAGAUUCGAGCUACCUUCUGGAGUAGAGUUGGACAAUGAAUGACCAAAAAGAGAGAUAGCCAUUGAUGACUGUGAGUUUGAGUUUGUGAAAGUGCUAUAACUUUUGGUAAAUUACUAUACCCCUAUUUUUGUUAGUGAAUGGAUUUGAGUUACAUUGAUUC